AUGGUAAAUAGCGGAAAUGAUGACGAUGAAUGGGAAGAGGUAACAAUGGUUUUGGAAUUAAAUGGUGUAAUAGAUUUGAAUAGAACUGGUGAAUCGAUUAAGAAAGGUGAUUGUUGUAUUCGUAAUGCAUCAUCUUCCACACCAAUUGUGCAAAUUUCGAAUUGUUUAUACGCAUCACAAUGGGUGCCUGAUAUCAAUACUGAUAUGAUAUUUACAAAUACAGGAGAGGGACAGUUAAAAUUUUAUGGCUUAUCAGAUUGUCGUUUAAAAGCUGAAAAAGCUGUUGUUAGCCAUCAAUCAAGUUAA